UCAAAAAAAUAAGAAGCGAUUUUUAAGGGUUUAAUAAUUUGCAAGGGUUUUUGGGGUUGCCGGUUGCUGUAGAUGUUGUACUCCGGUGCAACUUGGGCUGCCGACUCGGACCACAACUCACGAGCCACACCUUAAAAUCUCGCCCAUCCACCGACUUCAUCUUGUUCGGCCGUCGAUUAGGGUGAAGAGAAAUCGGGCGGCGAGAGAGAUCGGUGUUUGGAUUGACAAGGUGAAACAAGAGAAAAGAAGAGGAGACAAGUUUCGAGAUGUGCUUGUUCUGCGGGCUUACUCGAGAAUUCUGAUAGAAUAUUUCACUUACUGGCAGCUGAUAAAUAGCGGAAGACUUGGAGUUUCUUCUACUGUAAAAAGCUUUAUAAUCUUCUUUGUUCCUUUCUGUUGGGGAAGAUGGAAGUUGACGAGGAAAAUCCGGCGUCAAUCCCUGCGACAGAAGCUUCAGAUGCAGUCCUUGAAGGGACAACUAUGGAUGUUGAUGCCACUCAAGUUCAGCCAGUCCAACCUGUCAUUCCACCGUUACCUCCACCUCCAGUUGUUCUGCAACCUGUUGCUCCAAUAUCUGCAAUUCCUCCUCCUGUUAUCCCAUUGGCACCUCUCCCUGUUCGCCCUUCUGUUCUUAAACCACCUGUCUCACAAAAUGGUGAGGUCAAAAUGAGUGACUCAGACUCCGAUCUUGAAGAUGCAGCUAGAAGCACCGGAGAAUAUGAGAUUUCUGAAGAGAGUAGACUGGUGAGGGAAAGGCAGGAAAAGGCAAUGCAAGAAUUGUUGAUGAAGCGACAUGCUGCUGCUCUAGCAGUUCCCACCAAUGACAUGUCUGUUAGAACUCGACUUCGGAGGCUUGGGGAACCUGUAACCCUUUUUGGAGAACGGGAGAUGGAAAGAAGAGACAGGUUACGGAUGAUUAUGGCCAAGCUGGAUGCCGGGGGUCAGUUGGAGAAGCUGAUGAAAGCUCAUGAAGAGGAGGAAACAGCAGCUUCUGUUACAGCAGAGGAAGCUGAGGAAGAAAUUCUUCAGUAUCCCUUUUACACUCUGGGUUCAAAAGAGCUUCAGGAUGCCAGAGUUGAUAUUGCAAAAUACUCCAUUGUAAGGGCAGCCAUGCGUCUUCAACGUGUAAAUAGGAAAAGGGAUGAUCCAGAUGAGGAUAUGGAUGCAGAGAUGGACUGGGCUGUGAAGCAGGUGGGAAAUAUGGCCCUCCAUUGCAGUGAGAUUGGGGAUGAUAGACCACUUUCUGGGUGUUCCUUUUCGCACAAUGGAAGACUUCUUGCCACCUGUUCUUUGAGUGGAGUUGCUAAGUUGUGGAACAUGCCCCAAGUAAACAUGGUUUCCACCUUAAAGGAGCACAAAGAACGGGCAACUGAUGUUGCUUUUUCUCCUGUAAACAAUUGUUUAGCCACUGCUUCAGCUGACUGUACUGCAAGGUUGUGGAAUACUGAUGGAACUCUCUUGAAUACAUUUGAGGGACAUCUGGAUCGACUUGCACGCAUUGCCUUCCAUCCAUCAGGCAAAUAUCUUGGCACAACAAGCUUUGAUAAGACAUGGAGAUUAUGGGAUGUAAAUACUGGUGCAGAAUUGCUUCUUCAGGAAGGGCAUAGUCGGAGCAUUUAUGGGAUUGCCUUCCACCAUGAUGGAUCCUUGGCAGCAUCUUGUGGACUCGAUGCACUUGCACGUGUUUGGGAUCUCCGUAGUGGGAGGAGUAUUCUUGCAUUUGAAGGCCAUGUUAAGCCAGUUCUAGGAGUAAGUUUUUCACCUAAUGGCUAUCAUUUGGCCACUGGUGGUGAAGAUAAUACUUGUCGCAUAUGGGAUCUAAGGAAGCGAAGUUCUUUAUACAUUAUACCAGCACAUUCUAACCUCAUUUCACAGGUGAAGUAUGAGCCUCAGGAAGGAUACUUCUUAGUGACUGCGGCUUAUGACAUGACUGUAAAGGUUUGGUCAGGGCGAGAUUUCAAGCUUAUCAAGGCUUUAUCAGGACAUGAAGCAAAAGUCACCUCAUUGGAUAUUACUGGGGAUAGCAGCUACAUUGCAACUGUCUCUCAUGAUCGAACAAUCAAGCUCUGGACAAGCAAUGGUGGCACAUUUUCAAUGUAACUCUAAUUAUCAAGAUUAGCCGUGAAAUUCAGUGGUCUAGCAAAAAGGUGACAGAAUGUUUCGAUCAAGUUAACAUAUUGUCUGUUAGAGGUAACUUCUUGAGUUAUUCAUUCAAUGUAAUCCAUGAUUCCAUGGCCGAAUUACCAGAAACAUGAGAAGAACAUUAAGUCUUACUGUUCUGGAAGUUACCCUAAC